AUGUGGAUCCAGGUUCGUACUAUAGACGGGAAGGAGACGCGAACCGUUGAGGAUCUUUCUAGAUUGACCAAAAUUGAGUCUUUACGGUUGAAAAUACAGGACAUCUUCAAUGUAAGCCCGCGACAGCAGCGCCUGUUCUACAGAGGGAAGCAGAUGGAAGAUGGCCAGACACUGUUUGACUACAACGUGGGUCUCAACGACAUCGUCCAGCUGCUGAUUCGCUCACAGACUGAUCCUCCAGACAGCCCCACCAACAAGGACUCCUCCGGUGUUGCCUGUAGUUCAGCUCCUCCCCCUGACCCCAGAUCGGACAGCCACAACUCCCCAGCUCCUGGUUCCCCUGCUGCUAUGGAAACCUCCACCAAUAUAGACAAUGACAGCAGCAGCGUCACUACCAGCACUGUUAAUGAAACCAAGCCGGACACCAGCGCUACCAGUAACUCAGCCAGUACCAAAAAUGGGUUCAAGUCCUCCAGUCCGGCACGGGACACCCAGCCCCCCACAUCCAGCAGAAACACACUAGCCGACCCAGGAAUUGGUGUGUAUAAGAUUAACGAACUGGUGGACUGCAGAGACGUCAGCAUCGGUGCCUGGUUUGAGGCCUGCAUUGAAAAUGUGACACGCGCUCCCAAAGGACAGAUAACGCCCACCAAGGGCAAGGUGGGCCGGCCCCCAAAAAGGACUAAUGGAAAGCUGGAGGCCGAGCAGGGACAGACCCACGGCCUGGGCCAAACCACAGACAGUAACAGGAAUAAUGUUGUGUUAAACUCAGAGAGUAAUGGAGCCUCAACCUCUCAGACAGACUCUACAGCAGAGAGCAAGGAGAGAGAAGAGGACGUAAUUUACCACAUUAAAUAUGACGACUACCCAGAGAACGGCGUGGUUGAGAUGCGAUGGGUGGACGUGCGGCCACGUGCCAGGACCCUGCUGCGGUGGGACCAGCUCCAGGUGGGCAUGCACGUGAUGGUCAACUACAAUAUGGAGACACCAGAUGAGAGGGGCUUCUGGUUCGACGCCGAGGUUCAGACCGUCAGCCAAACCACCCGCACCAACAAGGAGCUCCGAGUCAAGAUCCUCCUGGGGGGUCCUGGAGAUGUAAUCGGGGACUGUAAAGUUCAGUUUCUGGAUGAAAUCUACCAGGUGGAGAAACCAGGAGCUCGUGCACUCUCAGCUGCAGAUGGACAAUUUAAACGGAAGAGUGGGCCAGAGUGUAAGCACUGCAAGGCUGACCCCGAAGCAGAGUGUCGCUUCUGCUCCUGCUGCGUAUGUGGCGGGAAGCAGGAUGCCCACAUGCAGCUGCUGUGUGAUGAGUGUAACAUGGCGUUUCACAUUUACUGCCUCAACCCGCCACUGGCCACCAUCCCGGAAGACGAGGACUGGUACUGUCCCACCUGUAAGAACGACACCAGUGAGGUUGUUAAGGCGGGAGAGAAGCUCAAAGCCAGCAAGAAGAAAGCCAAGAUGCCUUCGGCAACAACUGAGAGUCAAAGGGACUGGGGAAAGGGUAUGGCCUGUGUGGGGCGUACCAAGGAGUGCACAAUAGUUCCUUCCAACCACUACGGACCCAUACCUGGUAUUCCUGUUGGAACCACCUGGAAAUUCAGAGUUCAGGUGAGUGAGGCAGGUGUUCACAGGCCACAUGUCGGUGGUAUCCACGGACGGAGUAACGAUGGUUCCUAUUCGCUGGUGUUGGCUGGGGGCUUUGAGGAUGAAGUGGACCGGGGAGAUGAGUUCACCUACACGGGCAGCGGGGGUCGUGACCUCUCAGGAAACAAACGGAUCGGAGAGCACUCUUUUGACCAGACCCUGACACACAUGAACAGGGCAUUGGCUUUAAACUGCGAUGCACCUCUGAAUGACAAAGACGGGGCAGAAUCGAGGAACUGGCGGGCAGGAAAGCCAGUGAGAGUGGUGCGCAGCUCCAAAGGGCGACGCAUCAGCAAAUACGCUCCUGAGGAGGGAAACCGCUAUGAUGGUAUUUACAAGGUGGUAAAGUACUGGCCAGAGAUUGGAAAGUGUGGUUACCUUGUGUGGCGGUACCUGCUGAGACGGGACGAUUUGGAACCAGCACCGUGGACACCUGAAGGACUGGAGAGGAUCAAAAAGCUGGGCCUUGCUGUUCAGUACCCGCCAGGCUACUUGGCAGCAAUGGCUAACAAAACAAAGAAGGAGGCCUGUGCCAGACCAGGUCGCGGCGGCCGGAGUAAGCACUAUUCCGGCAGGGGGAGGCCACGGAGACAACGCAAGAUCAAGGAGAAAGAGGAGAAUGGCGAGGAAGAGGAAGAGGAGGAGGAGGAAGAGCAGCAGCAGCAGCCAGUGGCCAGUAUGGAUGAAGAGGAGCCACAGAGUAAUGGAGAGCAGAAGACAACCAGAGAUAGUGAGCCGUCACCGGUGGCAGAGCCUCCCUGUAAACGGGUGAAGAUAGAGGAGACCUUCCAUCUGUCAGAGCAGCAGCAGCAGUUGAUCCGGGAGGACACAGCCAACAAGAAACUCUGGGAUGAAGCCAUGGGAAACCUUAAAGAGGGACCGAAUUUCCUGCGCAAGAUGGAGCAGAUCUUCAUGUGUGUGUGCUGCCAGGAGCUGGCCUUCCAACCCAUCACCACUGUCUGCUCACAUAACGUUUGCAAGACUUGUCUCCAGCGGUCGUUCCGAGCGAAGGUGUACACCUGCCCAGCCUGCCGCCACGACCUGGGCAAAGACUACGUCAUGACCCAAAACGUGACGCUCCAGCUGUUGCUCGACCAGUUCUUUCCCGGCUACAGCAAGGGCCGAUGAGGUCAAAAUCACGUUUAUAAGUAGAACACGUACAUACACGCACAUAAGCAUCCAUUCUGUGCACCCACGUAUCCCGGCGAGAACCUAGAGCUCCACUUUAAAACGCAUUGCGCACACAUACUGUACUUACCCACGGGCAAAUGUAUAUUGCAUAUACAGCCAUUUAUGUAUACAAUCAUUCAUACACAAACAACCUCAGUAGGGACUGACCUCAUCUGUUGAACUUGGACCGUCUCCAUUAACAUCACCAGCCUGAAUUUCAAGAAAAUUUUUAAACCUCCCUACUCCUGCCACACAAACGCACACAAAGACAAACGCACAAAAGGAGCCCCCGAUUCACACCCACUAGCCACCUCAAGAUAUUAGCUCUUUUUUUUUUGGUUUGCCCUUCCACUGUGUUGUCCAUUGGUUCAACAAAUUGAUAUACAGCACAUUGUUUGAGUGCAAAUAUAAUUAGCCAUUAGACUCCUGCCAACCUGUGCACAUUUUGUGUACCAUGUACGCAGUUUUACACCAACAUACUCAGCUGAGAUGCAUCAUAUAUGGUAUGUGCAGUAUUUUACUCAGCUGGCAGAUAAAGGUGCUAGUUUAAUAGUGAUUUUUAGGCACAGCAGGACUGAGAACUUUAAGGUAACAACCCCUGCAUAACAUUCAAUGUGAGCAAGUAGGUCAUGUGACUGAGAGAUGCCCGCAGACAGUCAAACAUUUGUUAAUCUAUGGAAAUGAAGCACACAGUGUUUUAUGCCCUUGAAGCACUUUAUCAAUGACAUGUGCGGCAGACUUAUUUUGUAUGUUAAUCAGGAGCACAUGCUAGCAUCAUGCUAGCUGCUCAUGUCACUUGGAAUAAUGCCAUCGCCAUGCCUUGAGCUAAUAAGAAUAGCAAAUGUCUCACCAGAGAAAACUGUCAGUGCAUUUGCAGAGAACAGAAAUUGGCAGCUGUCUCCGGUUUGUUUGGGAGUGUCAGGAGAUUUCUGAGCAGCAAUCUUGCAUACUUGGUGAACGCAACAAUGAUCAACAGGCACAACUCUCUCCUUAGAUUUUAUGUGGAGUCCAAAAAAAAAAACAAAAGGCAUUCACUUCAUAAAAAUACCAAAGACAUUAGGCUGUAGAGCAGGUCAGUCACGACUAGGAAGAAAAUGCAAUAUAUACUUAUAUAUCAAACAGGGCAGUACCAAAUGAUUGUCUUUAGCAAGACACGUUAAACAAACUCAUACAACUAGUAUUAAAUCUCUCCCAUAAGUGCUGUUUAAACCUCCGACACUGUUAAAAUAUUUGUUAAACAUUAAUGUUAAGACAUUCAUAAAUGAAGUUCUCACAUCCAUAUGCAUUUUCACACAUGCGCUCAUUUCAUGGUUUCACUUCUUCAGGCAGAUGGACUAAACUGUACUUUAGAUGAGUACGUUCUAGUAUUUCCCUUUUAAUUUCUCUGCCAGAGAAAUACUGUAAUGAUAUAAUGGAAAUUAAAGAUUUACAUGCAGCGCCCUGAAAAGCGUGAGGUGCGCCACUUGCACAGAAGGGCACACUGCGGUUGUCCCUGGUGUUACCAAGCAACCACAAUCAAGCAGGACUUCACACAAAGACGGUUAGCAUAUAUUGUGCUCAGCAGACAUCCUUUCGCUAUUGUUCUUCUUUCUGUUAGAUUUAGUGUAAUGUUCAGUGGAAAGCUGCUUCUCCCUCAUUGUAAAAAAGUAGUCAGAUGAGUGAUUGCACAGCCAGGAAGAUGUUAGUUAUUUGUUGUCACAUUACAUCCAGAAAAUGGAGAUACAUCUGUGUCAAUGAGCCUGGAAAAAAAGGCCAUUGAUUUCUGACAAAGAGCUUUCUAAUCAACAUAAUAAUUAUGUGGAUUCACACCAUCAGAGGCUCAGGGACACUGCCAAAAUGUGCAGUGUUCCUCAAUAUAACAGUAUUUAAGCUCGAUAGAAAUGUACUGUGUGACCAGUAUGAUAUUGUCAUUUAUUUGUCAAUAUUUUUUCAGAAAAAUGGAACAAAAUAUACUGUACUUUCAGUGCUAUGAGGUUGUCCCACCAGUUGGACACUUGACGUACUAAGAUAAGAUUUGCAACAAAGGAUUUAUCAAACAAUUUCUGAAACUGGUUUCAUUACAACAUUAGAUUGUAUGCCACAAAAAUGUACUGAUUUAAAAUCCUAAUUUUAGACUAUUUUGUUUAGGCCGAGUUAUUGCAUGGCUGGUUGCCUUUAGACAACGUUUAGCACUUGAGAACUUUGUUUUUUUACUCAAAGUAAAGUAUGGAAAAGGCUUUGUUUGAUCACAUUGACAUUAAUACUGAGAAAUCUAAACAAUACCUGUCCUUUCUUGGCACAAGUGAGAGCUUCUCAGUAUUGCAAGAGGUUUUAAAGAGUGCAUAUGUGAGAGUUCACUGGUGUAUAUGAGCAUAACACAUUUCAGUAGUUGCAUUAAUACACUAUUGAAUUUUUUCGAUAUGUAGUGUGUUUGUAAUACAAUGCAAUUCAACAUAACCUUGAAUACAUAAUAGAAAACUGUAUGUAUGUGCAAGGUAAAAUUUUAAUUAUGUCCUUCACUGCCCCCCAGGAGUAAAACAUAAAUGGGCCUGGGUUAAUCAUAUAAUGUGCACGCCCCUUUCAGCCAAAAAAGAAGACAUUGAAGUGUCAUGAAGCAGCUUUUAGAAAAAGUAAAGACGUUUCAAUUAAAAAACAGCACUUAGGACAGAAGACACAAGGCAAUGGACCUCCCUUCAUUUCAUCCUCACUUACACUUUAUGUUUUAGAGAAAGAGAAGUCUGAGUUAAUAACAGCAGUUCUGAUUGUCGGUUGCACUGAAUACGUAGAUCUUAAAUACGUAAAUACAGAAACAGAUUUCUUCACACAGACAGUUCCAAAGACAAGGUAUCCUGUGAGAGAAAACUAGCUCUUUUUUUUGCACAUGCUGGAUAGCAUUGUACACGUUUAUGUGGAUUAGGAGCAUGCGUGACAUACCAUAUAAAGGGUAAUAUCUUGGGAUAGUGAUGUUUUGUUAGUUUUGACUGUUUUCUCGCGUCAAUCAUCAGUCAAUCAGUGUGAGACAGCCAGGUCUGUGUGGAUUCCAGGCGUAACCUAAAAACAACUGAAACAUUAGGAAGGCAUUUGUUAUAUAUAAGUAUAUAACAUAAGUAUUUAACGGCAGCUGUCAACAUAAAAAAAGGGGGGGGGGGGGAUUUCGUUUAAGCGCUGUGACGCCGCUGGAGGAAGGGAAAGCCUAAUUCGGUGGCAGAAAAUCCUGCAACUUGUGAUAAAUUCCCAAUGCCUCCUCCUCCGCCUACAGCAGCAUACAGUCCAAAACGCAUGUGUGAACACUCGGGAUGUGUGCUUUCCUCAGAUGCAGCAGACCAAAAGACCCACAACUUUUUAAUUCUCUUAUAACAAGCCUGUACAGAGCUCAAAACUAUUUCUUGACUGUUUUUUAAGCUACUUUUCUAUGUUUACAUGUUCUUAUACGUUACUGUCCAGUGGAUUCAGCCCGACCAGCGAGGAACUGCCCACUCCAUAUCUUUUAAAUGCACUUGGAAGCUUGACAUAAAUUGUAAUUGCUAAAAGAACGCCGCCACAAAUAAGACCAAUGACAUAAUAUGUCAUAACCUUUCACAAUACGACUACAUGUCAUUCAUCCUCUUCAUUUUAUGUUUUUUUACUGGACCUUUAUUGUGCAUUAUUCCCCAAAUUGUUUGAUAAUCUGAAAUAAUGUUUGCUUUAUUGUUACCAUGUAAAUGAUGUCCUGUGCACCCAUACAUGUUCAGUUAUCUUUACAUCUAUAUCUGUUAGAUCUGAGUUAAAAUAGUUUUUUCUACCUUGAGUGGCUGACACAGAUUCACAUCUUUUCCUGUGCUGAUAUGGUACUUUAAAAUGUCCAGGGUUGGCAGGUCUGAUAGGAACUAAAACAAAAACACCCCAAUGGAGAGCAGCAGCAGCAGUCCUCUGUGCUGAUCUGUGAUCUGGACCCGGAGUGCUGAAUUUCAGAUCACACAAUUGAGAAUAGUUUUAACUCUUGAGUUGGUUUCGUGGGAGAAAAAUGUAGCCUCUCGUUCACCGACAUCAUCGCGUAACACCCGUAACAGUCUUCGACGCAAAGCCAUGUUUAGUGUAGAGCUGAGCUGAGAUAACACACUGCUGCUGUACACAUCAGUUUCUUACUACUCUGUUCCGAUCCCCCCCCACCCUCCACCCCCUCCACACCCCGCAGUCGUUACCGUUAACUUCUUCCACCCUCUCAUUGGCCAGCUGUUUGUUUGUGGUGAUGUCCUUGUUUCUGUUCAAUCAUUCAGGAUGUUUUUUUUUUUGUUUUUUUUUUAACAACAACAUGCAAGUACAAAUGCUACUAUGGUCUUUUAAAGCUAACUGUGAUGUGCAUUACUUCCACUGUUGCUCAAUCUUGUUCAAAGAUUAUUUUCUUCCUGCAUUGACUGGCAAGCUAAUAGGCCUUGUUUCUUUCUCUGCUGUGACCUUCGCUCUCUCUCCCCCUCUCUCCCCCUCUUUCCGCUGUCUUCUGCCCUCCGUGAUCCUACACUACUAACACUUUUUUAGACGUCUUGUGGACGCUUGGCUUCAGUGCUGUGUUGUUUUUUACUUUUAUUGCACUCUCUAUUGAAGAAAAAAGUUUGAAAAGUCGCAUUUAAUUUUCCUAGAAUGCUUACUAUUAUCUAUGUCUGUGCGCCAUUUUUCUACCAUUUUAGUUGCUUCUCUUCUAUUUUAAUCAUUAGUCAUUUUUAUGUGGCGACCUCAAACAUUUGCAGCAUAUGCCAGUCUGAGGAGUUUCAUUGCUUCAUAUUGUGAUCUGAAAUUUUAUACAUGUCAUAAUAAUACUUGAUAUGUACCUAUUAAAUAUUUGGAUUCCA